ACAUAGCCUAAGUUGAGUUCGAGUGCGAGUUGUGUGAACUCCUAUCUCUCCUAAGACGUUCGAUCAACAACUUGAUUUUAGUUUUUAGUUUAAAAAACAUUCUAUUUUGAUUCAAACCAACUCAUUCAUCAAAUUCCCCUGACGUGUGUCUGCAAGACCAUUCUUGUCUAAUUUCUAAAACAUUACGCUAUUAACCGGUAAAUUCUUUAUUUUCCUCUCUUUUUCCAGAAAUCCAGUCUUAAUUAUUUGGCAGAUCAUAAAUCGAUUUGAUACAAAUUGGGUUACUUUCCAAACUUUCUCACUCACUUUUUUCUUCAUUGAGUUUUAUCCCCUUUUCAGAUUCAUAUGAUCAUUAUUUGAGGGUGUCUACAUAAUGAGUGGAUCCGAUUAACCGUUAUUCAGGUUGGGUACGAAUUGGAGUGCCAGUUGUGAAUAUGUUUGGUGUCGGGAGAUUAGGAAGUUACAUUAGCCGAAGUGUAAGCACCGUCUCUGUCCCCUUUCAUCCCUUUGGUGGAGGUGGAGCGGUAGAUGUAAUUGUGGUAGAGCAGAAAGAUGGCAGCUUUAAAUCGACCCCGUGGUAUGUUCGAUUUGGGAAGUUUCAAGGUAUUUUGAAAGCAACAGAGAGAGUAGUUAGUAUAAAUGUCAAUGGAGUUGAUGCUGAAUUCCACAUGUAUUUGGACCAUAAAGGAGAGGCCUUUUUUAUUAGAGAGGUUGAUGCAGCAGAAGGAGAAUCAGAGUCAUGUCCUUCUGCAGAUGAAAUGGAAGUGAAUCCUGAUAGAUGGAAAUCACAAAAGUCUAUGAGCUGCAACUAUGAUGCUAACCGGACAGAUAUGGUUUCUGAACUCGAAGGAAGUAAUAGAAAGAUUCUAGCUAGAUCCAAUAGUAGUCGGCAUAGAAGGAUUUUUGGCCUUCCUUUCGGUAGACGGUCGAUUAAGGAAAAUGGUUUCCAGGAUGGAGAAGCUGGUGUUAAUGUGGAUAAUGUUAGCUCUAUGGAGAGUGCUGAGAUUGCUGCUGACUUAUUGGAAGUAAGGUGGACAACUAAUCUCCGUACUGGUAAAAACCUGAAUGCAAGUGUUUCUGAUGCAAAUAAAGUGUGUUCUUCUGAAGGUAAUGUUGCUUCAGGGACGUUUGACUGCCUACAGCCAGUAUCAAGCAAUGAGGAAACUGAUGCUCGAAUUUCAUGUUCAAUAAACCCAGAAAGCUCUACGGAGUUUACUCUUGAAGAAACUUAUGUUGCAGCUGAUGUUACUUCUGGAAGAUCAAAAUUUUCCGAUGGAGUUCAUGGUAGAUGUAAUAAAAACGACGUAAUUUCUCCGAAUGAGUUCGCUGAGGUUUCUAAGUCCAGCCCAAAGCUUUCACAGACAGUGAAAAAUGAAAAUGUUGAAGGCAGUGCUUCAUCUCAAGCAUUUUUUUAUAACAUAAAUGACGCGCAUGAAAAUAUUGAUACAUGCAAUGGAGAUGAGGAUACAUCAUGGAAUAAUUCCACUGGUCAUAUUACUGGUGAGGUUGGUAACUCUCAUAAGUGUAGCAUAGGUGAACUUCCUUUGGAGGAUUCCAGCACAGUAGAGCCUUGUAAAAGUGUAACUGGCUCAAUCAAUGAGCUGAACUCAGAGGAUCUUUAUGCUGGUACCAGUGAGUUGCACUUACUUCCUCUGGUUUCAGAAAAGGAAUGUUCUACCGCUCUUUCUUCAAGUGCUCAAGAUUGCAUCAAAGAUCCUAUUCAGGACAGAAAUAAUGAAGUAACACCGUCAGAUGAUAAAGAGGAGCAAUUCUUUUUUAGUGAUCUUGACGACUCCAAGGUGGAGAAAGUGGAAUGUAUUCUUACCCCAUCAGCAAGGAAUUCACUAGGAAGAAGUGAAGGUGAAGUGCCAGACACAAUUAUCUCAGAUGUGUCGCAUCAAGUAGCAUGCAAGCCUACUGAAGAUAAUCUGCAUAUCAAUCAUCCAAGUCAGAGAAUGAACUCAAACAGAAUGUCUUUCCCUAUAAGCAUUUCAAAAGUUCUUAAUGAUGCUGACGAGGAGGCCUUGGCACCAGAAGCAGAAUCUUUACCUGUUGUGAUGUUUGAUGGUGAUGAUCAGUCACUUGAUGCUCGCCGGACUCUUAGUCGUUCUUUAGAUUCAACACUUGAAGCUCUUAAGAUGGUAAAUAAUGGUGAUCCAGUUGCUCCAGGAUUGGAAGGAGGGUUGCAAUUAGUAGCGCAAUCGCACUUCGCAACUAACAACUCUCAGAUAUCAGAGGAAAUCAAAAAGAUCAUUUCAGAUCCUGCUGUUGAGUUAUCCCUUUGUAGACACUUGUUAUCAGAAGGAAUGGGCUAUGAAGCUGCUGCUCAAGCAUUCGAUGCUGAAAAAUUGGAUAUUGACAAAUUUUUAUCUCUUGGUCUUGAUAUUUUGGAAAAUCAUAAGCUCGUUGUCAGAAUUGGUGGUCUUUAUUUUCCCUGGGAUGCAGCAUUGCCUAUUGCUUCAGCAAUAGGUUCACAGGAGAGGGAUCAAAAUCUAGAACCGAAAGGCAUGAUAGCUAUUGGUCAAUUUGAUAAUCAAAGUUCUGAAGCAGUCACACAGAAGUCUAUAAGCUCCGGAAAUGGGUCUUGGAAAUUGUGGCCAUUCUCAAUUAAGAGAUCAAAUAGCAUGCAAAACAGAAAUUCUUUUUAUGAAACUUCUGCUGAGGGCCUAACAGAAAUGCAGAGAAAUACAGACGCUGUUGCUCCAAGAACCACAAAAAAGAAGUUACGGGCGAAGUUUCCCACUUCUGGACAGCUUGCAUCCCUAAAACUUAAGGACGGGAAGAAUGCCGUGACUUUCACGUUCUUGACAGCAAUGUUUGGAGAGCAAAAGGUAGAAGCAAGAAUAUUUUUGUGGAAAUGUAAUGCGCGGAUCGUGGUCUCUGAUGUUGAUGGGACUAUCACUAAAUCAGAUGUUCUUGGGCAGUUCAUGCCUUUGAUGGGAAUAGAUUGGUCACAGACUGGCGUAACACAUCUUUUCUCGGCUAUUAAGGAAAAUGGUUAUCAACUUCUUUUCCUAAGUGCUCGCUCCAUUUUACAAGCUUACCACACUCGGCAGUUCUUAUUCAACCUUAAACAGGAUGGGAAAGCACUACCGGAGGGUCCUGUGUUAAUCUCCCCAGAUGGACUUUUUCCUUCUUUGUAUCGAGAAGUAAUUAGAAGAGCUCCUCAUGAAUUCAAGAUCGCAUGCUUGGAGGAUGUGAAGGUGCUAUUUCCUCUAGAUCACAGCCCAUUCUAUGCUGGGUUUGGAAAUAGAGACACUGAUGAAUUAAGCUAUCUUAGAGUUGGAAUCCCUAGAGGAAAGAUCUUUACCAUUAAUCCCAAGGGUCAGGUUGUUGUAAACCGCCGAGUGGACUCAAAAUCAUAUACUUCCCUUCAUGUGCUUGUGCAUGACAUGUUUCCACCAACAACUUUUCAUGAACAGGAGGAUUACAACUCGUGGAAUUUCUGGAAACUGCCUCCUCGAGAUGCUGCUUGAAAAUCUGCAUACUAUGAAUUUACAGUUAUUCUGGCACCAAAGUAGGAGGCAAGAUAUGUGCAUGUCACGCUAACUGCUAAGGUUCUGCAAAGUGCAACUUCAGACCCUCUGCAUUUUUUAUCCGCGGAGGAGCAAAGUUGGUAUAUGUGUACAAGAGGAGAAAGACCAAAGAAUGUCUAUAAAUGUUUUCUUCUCUUUGUGGUCAUCUUCUUUGUUGACUGUUGUACAAAACAUAAUAGUUUAAUCACAAUUCUUAGCUAAAUAGGGAAUAAAAUAACGAAGAUGAAAGAAACAGAAGUUAGUAUAGAGUGGAAAGCAAUGAACAGAUUCUGUGACGUCUAUUGUUGUAUUCAUUCAUUUCUUACGCUAGCAAACUGGAUAAGAUUACUGAAGAACACAGUUUGGAACCCAAAGGGGAAAGAAACCGAUGUAAAUAUGUAUGGAUGUCGCAACCGUUGUCAUAAAUUUCAACCAUGGAGUAUUUGCUCUAUUAGUAGUAUGAGAUGAUAUCUGCUCU